GUCAGUCCCGCGAGCGCACUAGUCAGUCAGUCAGCCCGCUCGUCUGUGCAGCUGACCCCGCGCGUUCAAUGGACUAGAUUCCCAGCCACGUAAGUAAGAAGACAAAGAUGAUGAUAAUGCUGUCUUGUUGCUGAAACAAGGGAUAGGCCCGGGGAGAACGUCGGCCGUCCCCUCUCGCCUUUGUCCAAAUCAGAUCCAAGCGCCGGAGAUCGUCGGAGUUUGGUUGCUCGCAUCGACUUCCCAGGCGUAACAAAAGGCGGAUCGCGACCUGGAGGAAAUUUUUCCUAGCCAUAUUUGGUAGAUGCAUGACCAGGCUUCGCGUGGAGACCUGCUUAAAUGAACACGGAGCGCCCUCUCAGGAUAUCUAAACCCAGCUGGCACCUUUCCCUUUUAAUUUUAUGCAAAAAACCCAUUCUUUAACGUUACCUGCUGCGCUGCAUCGUCCCUGACGUCACAACCUUUACAUUAUACCGCGCCGAUUCUUGCAUUUUUUGGCUCUUGUAACCAAACCGUGGUGUUCUUUGAGGGCACAGUGAGCAUAGAGGUCACAAUUCGUGCAUGCACGUCAUUGCAUGUGUGCUCAAAUGACGCCACAUUGUCAUUGCAAUUAACGCACACGCAUAAGAUCAUCAUUACAGUCGAGGGGAAUCGCCGCUGCCUUCAUGCCCAGUGUUAAAUAGGGGGCAUCUGUUUGUCAUUCUCUUCCACCCCUCCUCCUGUAAGACCGUCUGAACCCUCCUGAUCUGGACGAACCUCCUCCUAUACUCAUGAACAUACAGAGAUCCAGUCCCAUUAACAUUUCGCGUUAUGGGAGAUCGAGGCACAAAACACACGACUUUGAGGAGCUAACGUUAUCUUGUCUAAGGACUACAGAAUCCAACCAGAGUUUCAGUCCCAAUUUAGGAUCUCCCAGCCCUCCUGAGACCCCUGACUCCUCUCACUGCAUUUCUUGCAUUGGAAAUUACCUUUUGUUGGAGCCCAUUGAGGGAGACCACGUUUUCAGAGCCACCCACCUGCACAGUGGGGAAGAGCUCGUAUGCAAGGUGUUUGAUAUCAGUCGAUACCAAGAGUCCUUGGCUGCUUACUUCGUUCUGGGCACCCAUGAGCACAUUAACCAGAUAGUGGAGAUUCUUCUGGGGGAUACGCGAGCGUACGUGUUCUUCGAGAGGAGCCAUGGCGACAUGCACUCUUUCGUUCGCACUUGCAAGAAGCUGCGAGAGGAAGGGGCUGCCAGACUUUUCCAUCAGAUAGCAUCAGCUGUGGCGCACUGCCACGACAACGGCCUGGUCCUCAGAGACCUCAAGCUGAGGAAGUUCGUCUUUAAGAACAAGGACAGGAGCCUUGUAAAGUUAGAGAGUUUGGAGGAUACGUACCUCCUAGAAGGAGGUGAUGAUUCGCUCUCGGACAAACACGGCUGUCCAGCCUACGUCAGCCCGGAAAUCCUCAACGCAAAUGGCAGCUAUUCGGGUAAGGCGGCGGACGUGUGGAGCUUAGGCGUGAUGCUCUACACCAUCCUGGUGGGCCGUUACCCGUUCCACGACGUGGAGCCCAGCUCGCUGUUCAGCAAGAUCCGCCGCGGCCAGUUCAGCAUCCCCGAGACGCUAACACCCAAGGCGCGAUGCCUCAUCCGUAGCAUCCUGCGGCGAGAACCUGCCGAACGCCUCACCUCCCGAGAGAUCCUGGACCAUCCCUGGUUCUCGGCCUCCGGCGGUUUGGCGGCCGUCGCCAGCCACGGAAGAGGCGAGCGAGAGUUGGACCAAAUGGUGCCAGAGGCCAACAUGGAAGAAGAACUAGAACAGUUCUUCAGCUGAGAACAAACUCGUCAGACGUUAUGCCACGUCCUUUUAGAUUAUCAGAAAACCAGAAAUACACUCAUUAUGGAUGGUGUUUAUUGUUAUUUCUCAUUCCGUGAAGAGACAUGGUCUGUUCUGGCUUAGGAGAAAAGGACUUCUCCCUGAGCUAGGACUUCUGGACGAAGCGCGUUGAGUGAUGUAGCAAGACUUACUUUGGUUUUUCCUUUAUUUCUUUUUUGUCUUCGUUUUACGUGGUGCUCACGAGGCGUAGGAGUCACAGUAAGCUACAAACAUGCAUUAGAAGAACUCAGC